CACAAUUUAUUUCCUUUGAAUAAAUGCUGAUGAAAAUGUUUUAAAACUUUAUGAUGUGAUUGCUUGUUUUUUCCAGGUAAACAAACACCAAAAAUGCAUAGAUUCCACUUCCUUCUUGUUGUCCUGAUAAUCACAGGGGCAACUGCCAGUGUUGUUGAGAAAGAGACCCAGCAAAUAACAGAUGAAACAGGGCACGUGCUGACACUGAACAUCACUCAUAGAGAAAGUGAAGAGGACAUUGAUGUCCAUAAUGAAAACGGAAACCAUAUCAUGACAAUUGAUAUGAUGGAGAAGGAGGGGUACCAAAUUGAUAAGCCAGCAAAUGAAAGUGUCUGCUUGUUAUCAAAGAUGGAAGAAGUUGAAACAGUUGAGAAAGAUUCGGACAGUACAGAUAAAGAGAUCGAAAUUAAUUCUUUAUGUUAUGACCGAGUUCUAUGUACUCAGUCAAACGUUUCUCAAGAAAUACAAGAGCAUUGCUCUGGAAGAGAUAUGUAUGUUCUCGUUCCCAGAACAUGCAGUGGAGAAGAAGCCAAUACUCUUGAACCCGAAACCGAAGAUGGAGGUAUAGUUAAGAGAGGUUUAGGAAGGUGGUCGUGCCGCUGGAAAUAUUACUACACAUUAAGAUAUUGUAAGGUCAGAUACUGUUGUUGGUGGUGUAGGCGAUCAUGUUACAAAUACACACUAUGUUGGGUCAAGGUGAUCUAUUUCAAAUGCGGAUAUAACUACUACGGAUAAAUACAAUUAGAACCUGACGCUAAACCAAAUUUCUUUUUUUAAUACAUACAAAAUAUAAUAUUAAUUAAUCUGCUGAAGCGUUUCUCUACUCAUAUUGAAAAUGACAAUGUCUGUUUCAUUACAAACCAUGCUUGAUCAAAGAAAUCUAGUUCUGUCAAAACAGAUGAUUAUCUAACAAAACAUAUUUUUCUUUAACAUCUCAUUUUGAGAUUUAAAAAAAGACAAACCCAAAUGCUUUGUGUUUUUCUUCUUCAAUAUUUCCAAUGUCAAGGUGGUUGAUAAAUUUAAAACAUAUGCGUUUCUUAUUACAGUUCCACGUUAGCAUAGCCUCUUUCCGGUACUUGGUCUUUUUGACAUAUGCUCAUUUCAAAUGUAGAAAAAACUUUUUUUACUCUACUUUUAUUAUAUACAUGUAUAUAAACAUUCAUGUGAACAAAUUCAUAAGGAAUAGAUAUUGCCAUAGAUGGCUGUUCAUUGUUCGGGUUUUCUUUCCAAUCAUUUUAGAUGAUAGUGUUGUAUCUGAACUUCUUAAUAUUGUUCGAAAUACAUGAUUCCAUGCAAAUAUGAAAUAGUAGCAUUUGAUAGAGGUAUCCUUAUCAAUAAUUGGAAUUAGGCCCAUAAAAGUACCGUUUUCCUACAAAUGCACUGCAGUUUUCAUUUUAUAGCACAGGAUAUGCUUCGCUUUCGAUUUGAGUAUUUUAAAUUGUUUAUCAAACUAACUGUUCAAUGAUGUCAUUGCUUUUUUUUUCUUAUUAUGCUUACGCUUGAUUUUCAUUUUUCAUCCUCAAAAUUAUUUUCCGUGUAUGUGUGCUGCAUCAAGUCUCAAAUAAAAUUCAUUCUUACA